AUGAAUUCAAAUUUUUCCUUCCCUUUUGAACCCUACGAUAUUCAAGUAAAAUUUAUGACUGAGUUGUAUUCGACAAUUGAAAGCAAAAAACUUGGAAUAUUCGAAAGUCCAACAGGAACGGGUAAAUCACUCAGUAUUUGUUGUGGAUCGCUACAGUGGCUUAGAGAUACAAAUAAAAAGAUUGAAGAAGAUUUAAUUAAAAAUAUAGAAGAUCUUAAGUAUCAGAUAGCAAAUACUACAGGUUCUGAUGAUUGGCUUCAAGACGAAUAUAAUAAAAUACAGAAAAAUCAGCUGUUGUUACAAUUACAAAACAAACUUUCCAGAAUAAAAAAAAUGCAGGAGGAAUUCCAGGAAUUGAAAAACAAGGUAGCAAAACAAAAUGCACAAAGUAAUAAAAUUGAUAGCUUCUUCAUAAAGCAGAAUAAAGUUGAAAAAUCUGAUAUAAAUGAAGAGAAUUUGGUUGAUGAUGAUCUGAUUGUGGAAAUUGAAAAUAAUGAAGAUGAUUCCGAUGAUGAGCCGCCUUUGGAAGAUGUUGAAGACAGUUUUACAAAGAUUUACAUCAGCAGUAGAACACAUAGUCAGCUAUCCCAAUUCAUUGGUGAAAUUAAAAGGACUAUUUUUAAUAGGGGUACAAAAGUAGUAACACUCGCCUCUCGACAACAUUACUGUAUAAACUCUGAAGUGAAUAGAUUGAAAAAUGUUAGUCUCAUUAAUGAAAGGUGUUUAGAAAUGCAGAAAUCUAAAACUAAAUCCACAGCAAAAGAUGAUGAAGGAAAAGUUGUGAAGAAAAGUAAAACCAAGGCCUGUUCAGCCUGCCCAUACUACAAUCAGAAUAAUAUAAAAAGAUUAAAGGAGAAAGUGCUCGUUGAAGUUAUGGAUAUGGAAGAAAUUGUCAAAAGUGGAAAACAAAUGAAAGCAUGCCCUUAUUAUGCUUCAAGAAUGGCUUUAGAAGAUGCAGAGGUUGCUUUGAUCAGUCAUGCUGGUAUUGUAAGUCAUGGAGCGAGAACAGGUGUAUCAAUAAAGUUACAAAAUAAUAUAUUAAUAAUGGAUGAAGCUCAUGGACUAUCAGCGGCUUUGGAAAAUGCACAUUCUGCACCAGUUUCACAUAAACAAUUAUCAUGUGUUAAAACCUUCUUGGAGUUUUACAUCAAUAAAUACAGAUCAUUAUUGAGCAGUAAGAAUUUGUUACAGUUGAAUCAAAUUAAUUUUGUUGUGGGGAAACUGAUAGGUAUGGUACGUCCAAAAUUAAAUGAUAAAGAUGGUUCAAAAAUAUAUACAUUAGAAGAUUUUGUCAUAGAGGCUGAAAUAGAUCACCUUCAUUUACACCCUCUAGUUGAGUUUUGUAGAAAUGUUAGAUUGGCACCAAAAUUGCAUGGAUUUUCUAUGAGGUACAGUCAACAAACUCUAGAGGAUGAAAAUAAAAAGGAUACCAAUAAAAAAGGUUCCUUUAAGGAUUUUUUAAGCAGCAUAUCUAAAAAGAAGACACAAAAUGAUAGUUUGAAAUGUGUUCCUUUAGAUGUUCCUAAAAGUAAUGGAAAUACAAAUUUAGAGGCCUCACCAUCUGAGAUAUCUGCAGGCAGUAGUUUAUAUGCAAUAUUAGAUUUCUUAGAAAGACUUUGUGAUCGCAGCGAAAAUGGUCGAGUCUUAACUCAGAGUGAUUCUGGCCUUCUGAAAUAUCUACUGUUAAAUCCCGCUGAACAUUUCGCUGAUGUAGUUAGCCAGUGUCGAUCAGUAAUUUUAGCAGGAGGUACAAUGGAGCCUAUAAGUGAAUUCCAAGCUCUCCUAGCUUGUGAUAAAACACAAUUGGAUAGAGUAAAUGUUGUUAAGUGUGGACAUGUUGUGCCAGCUGAUAAUGUUUUAGGAAUAUGUCUAUCAAAAGGUCCAUCUAAGCUUAAUUUAAAUUUCUCAUAUGAAAACAGAUCCUCAUUUGAGUUAUUAAAUGAAAUCGGUCGCAUUUUGAGAAAUGUUUGUAACGUCGUACCAGACGGCGUUGUAUGUUUUUUGCCAUCGUAUUCAUUUCAACAAACUUUGUAUGAACAUUUAAAUAGUACGGGUGUAUUGGAAUCUGUGAGCAAAAAGAAGAUAAUAUUUAGAGAGCCUAAAUCAGCCUCGGAAGUUGAACAGGUGUUACAAAAAUAUUCUGCAGCUGUUAAAAAUAAAGUAGAUGAUAUCAACGGCGCGCUCAUGUUGAGUGUAGUUGGAGGGAAAUUAAGUGAAGGUUUAAAUUUCAGCGAUGAAUUAGGUCGAUGCGUAUUAGUGGUUGGAAUGCCAUAUCCAAAUAUAAAGUCCUUGGAGCUUCAAGAAAAGAUGAAAUAUUUGAAUAAAUCAACUCCUGGUUCGGGAAGCGUAUAUUACGAAAACCUUUGUAUGAAAGCAGUGAAUCAGUGUAUUGGUAGAGCCGUCAGACAUGCAAAUGAUUACGCCUGCGUCAUUUUAGUGGAUGAACGGUAUUCUAGAUCUCAAACAAUAGCAGCAUUGCCAUCCUUUGUACAGAAAUCUUUAAUUUCGGAUUGCACAUUUGGACAGGCAAUGGGCAGUAUAGCAAAGUUCUUUGCUAGACACAAAACGAAAAAUAAUGCUAACAAAUGA